AGCCCUGAUCAGUCUCUCUUUUGGAGGAGCAAUCGGUCUGAUGUUUUUGAUGCUCGGCUGUGCAUUGCCACAAUAUAGUGCAUAUUGGCCAUUAUUUGUGUUGUUUUUCUACAUAUUGGCCCCUAUUCCAUACUGCAUUGCAAAGAGAGCAGUAGAUGAUACAGAUGCUGCCAGUAAUGCCUGCAAGGAGCUGGCCAUAUUUCUCACAACAGGAAUAGUCGUUUCUGCAUUUGGACUGCCUAUUGUAUUUGCUCGCGCAACAGUGAUUCAUUGGGGAGCAUGUGCACUGGUUCUCACAGGAAACGCAGUCAUCUUUUCCACCAUAUUAGGCUUUUUCUUAGUGUUUGGAAACAAUGAUGACUUCAGCUGGCAACAGUGGUGA